CCGGUCUGUGCACUUCGUACUGCUGCACACAUGGAUUGUUGAUGCGAUGACACUGAUCUCCUGCUGCCCCUCCAUCUAACUGAACAAAGACGGUCCCUUUCGCUUCAUUCACACCACAAUACGCGCGCAGACGAAAAGAAAUUAUCUUCUGGUUUAACUUCCAUAAAUGAUUGCUGUUGAAAUUUACAAUUAGGGAGGGUGUGCUGCACCAUUUCUUGCCCAUCUUAUUAACAAAAAGAACUUCCAUUCUGUCUAGUUGUUUAUGCGCAUAAUGUGGGCUUUUGCUUCCGGAGCAACCUGUAAGACAACCAGCAUCAAGAAUGACCUUUUAAGGCCAAAUCCAAGUUCUUCAGAGUGCGCUGAUGAUGAUAUUUCUGUAAACAAUAGCAGAGAGGAGGGAUUGGAAUGCCCAAUAUGUUGGGAAUCUUUCAAUAUUGUGGAGAAUGUGCCUUAUGUGUUAUGGUGUGGCCACACCAUGUGUAAGAAUUGCAUCCUGGGGCUGCAGCGUGCUUUGGUCAGACUCCCAACACUGCCAAUCCAGCUCCCGUUCUUUAUUUCUUGUCCCUGGUGUAAUCUUUUAUCUCUCAGGCUGGUUUACAAGGGGAACAUCAGGUUUCCGAGCAAAAACUUCUUUCUCUUUUGGAUGUUGGAGAGCAUGAAUGGGGAUAGGUCGAAGUCAUGCCACUCCUGCCAUGGGAAUAAGCAGUCGGUUUCUUCUUCGAGCAGAAGUUUAGCCAAAGAAAAUAAAUCUAGCCACGUAAACAAUGGGAGGGAACCAUGCACUCAUCCAGUGCAUCGGACUGAGUCCCUCCACAAUGUAUGCCUCCGCAUCAUUAGUUUCUUUAAUAUUUUCAGUCUUCGCUUAUCUUUCUGUAAGUCCUUGAUUUUCUUCAUUCGCUUGAUGGCCAAGGUCCCACUGAUCAUAUUUCUUCUGAUCAUCUUGUACGCAAUACCUGCAAGUGUAGUUGUCUUGGCUUUAUACAUUAUUAUCACACUUAUCUUCACCAUCCCAUCUUUUCUUGUGUUGUACUUUGCCAUCUCCAGUUUAAACUGGUUGGUAAGAGAGAGUCACUUGAGUGAGUUCCCAAUAGUUUACAUUCCUUGUCUUAUAAAUCUUGGAGGCUUGGAGCUUGACCCUUCUCUCCAUGGGAAUCACGGGAAUCCUCAUUUGGUUCAAUUUGACAACGUCGAGCUUCAUGGUCCUAACAAAUGAGAUGUCUACGGAUGGAGAAGGCCUGGAAUGGUUUUUGUACUUUGUACUGCUUAUGAAAUGCCCUACUGAUGUUGUUUUGAUUCUGAAUGUAUAUGACUAGAGCUUCUGCAGGAAUAGCCGAUGUAAGGUGAAGUCAUCUGUGAUACUUUUCUUGUCUUAUUGAUGUUCAUUGUAUUGUUUUGUCAACUUGUUUUGUAUAAUCAUUUCUCGAUAUUUAAUCGGUAAUGCCUUAUUUUGUGCAGAAUAACAAGUUCUUUGACAAUUAUGUUGGAGAAAAUUAUGGAGUAUGA